UUCUUUCUUCGGCGAGGGUUCAUGGCAUAUCAGAAAGUAUGGAUUUGAACCGUAUUAAUUUUGAAUUGUCAGUAUGGCAAGUGUCGAGAGUUCUUCAACUUUAGAGACGACAACUGAGAUCCCCAAGAACUCGAAUGACAAUCGUGAAGCUUCUGUUGGAGUCAACAACAUUCAAAAUGGCAGCCAUGUUGUUUCUUCAGUAACCACAACUCCAUCUCAGCAAAAUCCUAUUACGCUUCUUGUUCCCACCGCGCCGGCCACGCAAGCUGUGACCACAGCAAAUGGCAUGGUUCAAAAAAACCUUGCUGUUCUACAGAACACGACAAAGCCUAUACCUGCCAGUGUAUUCUCGUACAGAUUUGCUUCUCCGACAAGUAACCAGACUCCUUACUAUGUGUCAUCAGAUAUAGUGCUGAGCGGGGGCAUUGCUCAACAGACCAGGAGAAGUAUUGUGCAUAAUGAAGUGGAACGCAGGCGGAAAGGCAAAAUAAAUAACUGGAUACUAAGGCUAGCAAGUGUUGUACCACAGUGCAGCUGGGGAAAACAGAGUAAGAACAUUGUUCUCGAAAAGACAGUUGACUACAUCAAUGAUGUCAAAACCCAACUAAUGGAAUUAAAUGAUUUGCAACAAAGGGAGCAAAAACUUGCGCAAGAAAAUGAACUACUGAAAACCAGACUUGGAACGGUGACUGAAGAAAACAAGCAGCUAAGAGGUUUGUUAAAGAAGAACGAUAUAGCAAUUCCCGGGAAUUUUCCAUCGACAUCAAACGCUUUAUCAACCUCAGAAGCAUUCACAUCAUGUAAAGCUGGUACCCCAGUGACUGUGACCUCAGAGGCUCCAAAAGUAGCGGAAGUGUCGACUAUGGCUGCGUCCAACUCAUUACAUGCAUCAAGUCAGACGGUGACUAACUAUGUAGUUCCCCCUUUUACCACGGCUACCACAGCUGUCAUGAACCAGCUUCCCACAACCUCAGUUGCUCUCUCAUGUCCACUAAGGGAGCAAUCGAGGAGAGAAUCGGUGGCGUGUUUAGCCCCGUUUACCAUAGCAACCAACCCAAUUUCUCUCACGACGACUACCACGUCUGUCGUUUCCCCAAUUUCGUCAACCUCUGUUGUACAAGCCCUACCAACGUCUGUAAAUGGGCAGAAUAGUGGACACAACCUUUAUCAGCCUCUGAUAGGCCAAGGUACAACGUCAAGUGUUGUCCAGCAUAGUCCAAGCAUUCCCACCCAACCUGGGCUGAAUCAGAUACAAGGAAAUCUAAGUAGUUUACCGAAUCCAAAUCCCAUUUCAAAUGACCCAGUUACGCAAUUUGCUACCAACUUAGGUUAUCCUUUGACUCAGCAAGCUUUGCAAACUGUAAGCACUUCCUCACAAGUUUUGCAACCCCAAGCUGGAUACUCCCAGCACAGCGUAGCCGCCAUCAUGAAAGUUGCCCUUCAGCCGGGGACAUCUGUUUCUCCCAUUAGUGUAGUAAACGCUGUUCCUCUCGGUACUACAGCCUCGGGACAAAACACUAGUGCCAUCUUAAAUCUUCAACCGGCUGUUAUCAACUCGACCACUGCUGUUCCAAGCACGAUUGUGGUGCCUUCGUCGGUACCCAUGGCUCUUCCAGUGUCCAGUAACCUUGUAACUGCACACACUGGAAUUGUCAAUAAUGUUGAGUCACAGACAAGCAGCUUACCAACAUUUUAUGUCACUGCUGCUCCGAGCCAGUCUGCAGCUGUCGCAAAAGUGAACAGUUUAGGGAAUGUGUCACGACUCAAAACGUCAAGUGAUACAAGUAAGGGACAAACAGGGAAUAAAACAAAAAAAUCUGGGCCUGCGAACAAGAAUUCCAAAAAAUCUACCACGUCUGGUCGGACUCAAAAUGCGACGAGGAAUUCUCAAAGCAAAGCCCCGUCUAGUGGCAGCAAAACUGGCCCGUUUACAAAUAAACGGGGAACAAGACACUUGACUGAUUCAAAUGAGGUGCCAUUGGCAAAGAGAAACAACACUUGCGGAUCUCAAGAGUCUCAGGGAAAUAUGAGUAUUUGUCAACCCCAACAGGAAAUUAUGACUAUACACACUUUCAACGUGAAUGCUUUGAUACCAGGAAUUGCCUCACAAGCAUCCAGUCCGACAAGCACUAUUGCCACGGUUGUACUUAAUAGGACAGAUUGCGGUGGAAUCGGUAAAACUACCAAUCAGGUCUCUAAUUUGGGUAUGAGUCAGAGUGCUCAGGUACCUCGUUUGUCACAUAGCAUUGCUUCUUUAGCAGGCUUACCCCGGAGUAUGGGGCUUUCACAGUCCUCUUCAGAUCUUCAACAACAUCAACAAGUUUCCCAGCUUGGGUCUGCUGGCAGCCUAAGCUUCUCAGCAGAGUCGCUACUUGCUUCAAGCGAAGUCGUCUUGCCAAACAUUCCUCACAUAACAACCACUUCUGUCAAUUCUGAGAACAACCCAAGCCAGCCUAGUAGUUUGAAUAUGGCUAUGGCAUCAUCGAUGCACAGUACACCCAAUGAUCAAACCCACAGCCAAGGGUUUUCAAAUUACUCCGCAGAGACGCUUAUUGGCGGGAAUGAACUUAUGAGUGACUCGGUCAUGUCACAGGAAUCCCAACUUCAGACGCGACCGUCCAGGACAACCUAUUCAGACUUCUCCGCCGAAUCUUUGAUCGGCUCCAGCGAUUUAAACUCAGGUCUGUCGUACGCAAUAGACAAUCUCAUCUCUUCGCGCUCGGAUGCGAAUUACAACAGCACCACAAUGGUGUCUGUAAAUCCAAACUUGCUUCAUUCUGUGAAGGCGAAUGUGGGCCAAGAAACCGGAGCGAAUCAUUUGCGUACGAUGGCGAACAUGGCGGAUCUUGGCGAACAGAAGACAACAUUGUGUAGUAGUCAACCGACGGUAAUGUUCAACAAUCCGAUGUCAAACAGCAGUUACGGAAUGGCGCCGACAAAUUCUACACCUCAGUUUACAUAUGUACAUAAUAGUUCCCAGAGAAGACUUACAGACACUGUAACGCCACAACAUCAAACUGUCAAUGCAACAAAUAAUGUCUCCGUCGCGUCAUCCACCAGCUUUUUAAAACAUUCUGUCGACAGUAUCACAUCUUCAUUAUAUGCGGUUAGUAACGCGGGCUCAAGUUUCUCCUUGGGGUCAAAUUCGGUUUCUGGAAACUCUUUCUUAGGACCCGCCUCGUUCGGAGUGGAUUCUCUCACAGGAAAUCAGCUUUCUUUUGGUUCGUUACCAAACCCUUUUUCACCGACCCGACCUUUCUUCAACCAUAGCUCUACUAUGGGAAGUUUCGUGUGACUCCUUGUGUUUUUCGUUUUGACUUCUUAAAAGGCGGACCAUGCCCUAUUGGCUCGCACUGCAGUACCUUGUGACAUGGCAACUCAAUCACAUGUCAUAGAUAACUGAAGAGAUUGUGACAAUUCAGGUAUUUGCAUUUGAAUUGUCACGCUGGAGCUACCAAGCCCUGCGUGACAUGUAGAUUCUGCGUUUCAGAAACAAGGUAACAAGGUUAUCGUGAAAAUGACCGGAAUUUCUUAGUCCUAACUAAGACUAUUUCCUGCUGAUAAAGUAUUUAUUUGCUCAGACUCCCAAAUGUUUGCUUGGAAUGGCUAUUUCCGUGAUCUCUUUACUGCUAUAUUUUCCAAAGAAUGCAAUUAUCAUUUUGAAAGCGUCUCAUGAUAACAGAGAUCGGAAAUACUAUUCCGUGGUUCAUUGACUGAAAUCUUAGAAACUAGUUUUCUUGUAAAGCAAAAGGGCAUUUUUAACUAGCAAAUUUCACAUUAUUUAAACCCGGUGUCAACGGAUGGAUUUCAGCCUCUAUGAAAUACCUAAUAUGAAUCUCUUUUAUAGAGUCCUUUUCAAUUAAGUGUCCCCAAACCAAAACCAAAAACAAUCUCAACAAGCAAACAUAGAAAGGAAAAUAUGACGGGGAA